UAAUGAAAUGCACAAAAGUAUCUGUUUUGUGAGAUACGAACUUCGUAAGGUAAUUGACUUGUGUUUAUUUGCAACUUUUCAUAGACAUAACUUCACUGCAAUGAGUAAAAGAAGAGCUUCAUCUAAAACCGGAUCGUUGAAAAAGCGAGGGAAAGUUGAAGAUGUCGACCAAACAGCGGGAAACGAGGUGAAAACCUUGGUAGAGAAAGUAGCUCGCGAACUGCACAAGAAUGCAGAUCACAAGAAAAGUCAACCCAUGAAGAAAUACCUGAGGGAUAAGUUCGAGUUUUUUGGUCUCAGCAGCCCUGUAAGGAAGAGCGUUUGUAAGGAAUUAUUGAAAGAAAAAUUGAACUCAGGUGACACGAGAGACUUCGUGCGGCUUUUAUGGACAAAACCAGAGCGAGAAUUCCAGUACUUUGCAAUCGAUUAUCUCGAGAAGCACUUAGAAUCUUCCACAGACUUUGAAGAGAACAUCCAGUGCAUGAAAGAUUUGAUCACGAACAAAUCUUGGUGGGACACUGUCGAUGCGCUAGCGUCUAAGAUGGUUGGGCAACUCGUGAAGCAACAUCGAGAUUUAGGAAAAGUUAUCAUGGAAGAAUGGAUUAAUCAUGAAAACAUGUGGCUCAGAAGAACCGCCAUACUUCAUCAGCUUUCUUACAAAGAGGAAACCGACGAGGAGAUGCUGUUCCGCUUCUGCAAUCUAAGGGCAGCCGAGGAAGAAUUUUUCAUCCGAAAGGCAAUUGGAUGGGCCCUAAGACAGUACGCUCGGACUUCUGGUUCCAAGGUCAAGAAGUAUCUACUGAAGCACAAGGGGGAAUUAAGUGGCUUGAGCUUUAAGGAGGCUUCCAAACAUUUGCACUUGUAAAGAUAUACCCACACUGCCUCUUGUCUCCUCUAACUUUGACGAGAGGUGUACCCUGCCAAUUGGGACUUUUUCUCCCAGGUUGUAUAAAUAGAUGAAGUUUUCAGUUAUGGUUCAAAAUUUUUUCCUGGUUUGCAGUUUUCUUUAAACUGGUUUGUUUUUAUCACUAUACAAAAAUAUUUAUCAGAGUGGCUGAAAAUUUUCUUUAACGAAAAAACUUCUCCAUAACAUGUCUUUUGUGUUUACAUAAGCCUAGGAUUUCUCUGAUAUAUUACUAUACAAAGAAAAAUAUUUAUCACAGUGACUGAAAAUUUAGGGCUGUCCUGGUGUACCACGGGAGAAUUCCUAUUGUUUUCAUAUCCAUACAUGGAGUUGUGUUGCAGUUCGUUAAUGUUUCGUUCCUUUGUGUACUGGUACAUGAGGACACAACCGAAAAUUUUCUUUAAGGAAAAAGCUUCUUCAUAACAUGUCCAUUGUGUUUAUAUAAGCCUGUGAUUUCUCUGAUGGAAAGUUGAAAUUUUAGAGCCUUUGCAUCCAACCCACAAGCCUUAAUAUCUUUUUAAAGGCAUGCAUUUCAACCCGUAUUUUAGACAUACACACAAAAUAUAUGUACAUGUAAAUCAGAAUUUUGAAUCAAUUAAAACUCAGGAUAACCAA